CGGUCCAAUGUGUCCACAAUCAGCGCCUUCGGGAAUACCAACAACCCUGAAAGACAUCAAAUUGAAAAUGCGGUCGGAACUACUGGUAAACGAUCUCCUAUAUUUUUUUUUUGGAACCCACAAAUAAUUUUAUAAAAGAAAGCAAACAACACUCCAGCAAGGUGCUAGGAGGGAGAGUACAGAUACAUGAAAGGAGAGAAAAAAUUACAUAAUGGUAAAAGGACUAACACACCAAUCUAUCCAACUAAUGUUGCAUCGGUCUCUCCUAUGCUUAAUCCAUGUAAAUACAAUGGAUUUCACCGAAUCUGCUAGUCUGGGUGGCGAUGUUCUUUGUUUUUUAAAGAUCCAAUCACACCUAGCUUUCCAGAUACAGUCCCAUAGCAUAUGCUAGUUAGAGUUUUUCUUUGCUUUGAACAAGUACCCCAUUGUGUUACAUAUUUCACCAUUUCCUCGGCGUUCUGAAAUUGGAGAUGAGGAAUGUUGCACCAAUGACCUACAUAUUCCCAUACCUUUGAUGCCAGUGGACACCGGAAUAGUGCAUGUGCCGUAUCCUCCUCUUCCAACUCACAAUAGGGACAUAAGGCGGACAUGAGUUGGAUUCCCCUUCUAGUUAAUGCACGUGCUGUUGGGAGUCGAUCAAGCUUUGCCCUCCAUAUGAAACAGUUGACCUUCAAAGGGACUUCAUGAGUCCACUUUAACGAUACUUCCCCUGGCAUCAUGUUUCUCCAGUCGAAACGAUCUCCUACAUAACCCACAUUUUUUACAUACAUAUUAUAAUAUAUCGACUUAUAAUUGUAUAUCGAUAGGACAAAACAUUUAUGGUGAAAGCAUCCAUCACAGAGUUUGUAUUCCAAGACAGUUGGUGUCAAAUAACAUGUCCGACAUGCAGAGAUCCAAUAUUUAAAAGAGGUGCACAUUGGUUUUGCAGUGCACACAGAGCUAUUGAGAAACCAUCACUAACUCAUAGAUUUAGUGUGAUGAUAACGGACACAACUGACACUUUACAAGCCAUCGUAUCUGACACCUCAUCUCGGAAAAUACUAAGUGCUAAUCCCGAAACCUCUCUCCCCGAAAUCAAUUCCAUCAAUAGAAAAGUAUUACCAACAGCUGUCACCAAACAAAAAGGAGAAAUUAAAAAUAUGUCCAUCCAGAUGCUCAGAACAUCCACUUCAGAAAAUUUACGUUUCAUAAUAAUCGAUCUUCAACCAUCAAAAACCGUCCCCCAGACAACGAUUCCAGCAACCCCUUCCGGGAUUCCACCAACAAGAUCCGCAUCACUACAUACCCCACCGGACACACCGAUAUCAACAACACAUGCUGCACGGAAUCUGUCAUUUACUACAAAUGGUAUGUUUCCUAUGUUAAUAUACACAUCUGUAAAACCAGAUCCAUUUUUACAACAUCGCUUCUUUAAUCCAUUACAGAUGACACACCUCCAUCCGGAGAUGCAAAACGCACCCGAAAGAGAUGAAGCACCAAAUUCAGGCUCUUUCACUCAUGUUUGCUUCCUUUUGUUGUUUUUCUAGGCUAUGUACAGCUUUUCGUAUUUUUGAACCAUUUAUGAA